GUCCAUGCUUGACGUUUUCAAUAGUGUUUUCAAUAAACAAAUACAAAAAGUCUAUUUUUAGUGAAAUUUGGAGUUGUUUAAAUAAAUUGAAAACAAUGUCUCAAAUAAGCACAAAAGAAAAGCUUCUAUAUAUAAUAGAUGAUAUGGAAUUAAUAGCUAAAGAAAUUAUUGAAAACGCUAUUGCCCCAAAGAGUGCUAAACUAUCAGGUCCAGAAUAUGCCCAACUUACUGAUCUACUCGUAGCAAAGGAUAAUGAACUAAAAUCAACACUUCAGCAAGCUUCAGAGCAGGCUCAACUGAACAAAAAAUUGGAUACUUUAAAAGCUGAAGUAGAACGCCAAGACCAAGACAUCAACAAUCUUCAAAAGCAACUAAAAGAAGCUGAGCAGAUCCUCUCUACAGCCAUAUACCAAGCAAACCAGAAAUUACAGUCCAUUGCUAGAGCUAAGAAAAAACCUGUGUCAUCUGAAGAGUUGAUCAAGUUUGCCCAUAGAAUUAGUGCUUCUAAUGCCAUUUGUGCUCCUUUAACUUGGCAACAAGGAGAUCCACGUAGGCCAUAUCCCACAGAUAUUGAAAUGAGGUUAGGAUUGCUGGGUAGGCUUGGAGAUCCAAUGAAUGGACAUCUGUUGUCACAGCAGAAUAACAUGUCAGACUUACAUAGGCCAGGACAUCCAGGAGAAAUCCCUGCUGCUCAACAAAAUCAAUUUGCCUGGCAUCCCACAGGGGAGAUGCACAUCAGCGUGGGCCAAGGAACAGUUCCUAUGGAUACAAGAAACCAUAAGCAAGAAAAUGAAGAUGUUGAAGUGAUGUCUACUGAUUCCAGCAGCAGUUCAUCUAGUGAUUCUCAAUAGCCUUGAAAGAGGGCAAGAUAUGUAUAGGUCUAUGCUGUUUUUUUACAAUUUUUUAUUUAUUUUACGGAUACAUUGGUUUGAAUCUUUGGGUGAUUAGGUGUAAGUGUUAAUUUUGAAGUGAUUGUUGUGUUUUAAGAAUAUUAGUAGAAUAAAAAAAUCUUAA